AUGUUGAGUGAAGAUGAAGAAAACCUUAGCGAUGUAAAGUUAGAUGAUGAUGAUGAAAAAUUGAUACAUAGAGUAUUCUAUAGCUUCUUGGGACAGGAUGCUGGUGUGUCUCAAAUUGAUCAAACGAACGAUGGCCGAGAGAGCUCGAGAGAAGACAGCGAUGAAUUCUCUGAUUUAUCUGAUGUGGAUGAUAAAGAACUUAUUAAUAAAUACAAGGAGCUUAAGGGUCUGGGGCCAAAUACAAACUUGUCAGAACAAGAAAAACAGAGACUCAUCAUUUCAAAUUUGUCCGACGACCAAAUGGAAAGGUUUGAGGCAUAUCGUCGAAUGACUGUAAAUAAACCGAGCCUUAAGAAAGUUUGCGGUGGAGUUCUUGGUCAUUCGUUGCCUCAAAAUUUGACAGUCGUUCUAGCUGGUCUAUCUAAGCUGUUUUUGGGCGAAAUAAUCACAAGAGCCCAAGAAGUUAAAGAACGCGACGACAAAGCAAAGCUCAAACAAGACAUCUUUUUAAAAAGAAAAAGGAACCUAGAGAAUAUGAAUAAAUUGGCAGAUGGCGAAGAAAUAGAUCAAGAUGAUCCGAAGUUAGUAUAUAGAGGAGACAUAACCAGCCCAUUACAAGCUGAACAUAUUAGAGAAGCCUGGAGACUCUACAGGUUAGAAAAUUCUAGCUCUUUUAGCUCCCAAUGGAAAGCACAGGGUGAUAGUGAUGGAAAGAUGUUUCGGUAG